UAUUUUUCUGCAAUAUCAGCAUGACUUGUCUUGAAUCAGUACUUAUAGUGUCGUGCGGUUACAAACCAGGUGCGGUGUGAAGAAAGCGUCACGAUUUGACUCAGAGGCGGAUCUCCAGUGCAGUCCGCUCGGGUUACAACACGACUGAAGGCCGAGGUCUCCAAUCCCCCGCCGCAGUGCAGGGAGAGCGGAGCCGGCCUAGUUGCUAUAGGCCUGGCGUCGGUCAACUGCCCCCCGCCGGCGACUAUACAAGGCCCGGCGGGGCACAUGAUCUCCAAACUGACAGCCCCUGUGCCCAAGCGGAGAGCCUCCGCCGCCACACUGCGCUUCCUCCGCCAAUGGCGGAGAGGCGGGGCGUGGCCACCUGGCUCCCCUUGUUCCGUGUGAAAACUUUGCCGGUUUCGGGUGCAAAGUUUCAAACCGUCUGCAAACCACCAGAGAGCUAUCGUCGUGCCGAGCUGUGUUUUGUACUCACCGGGUAAUUCUUUUCGCUUUUGUUUGGUUCUUUGUUUGAGCACCAGAUCUUUUUAAAGAAGUACUCCGUUAACAACCCUUAAACAUAGCUUUCCAUUAUAUAUGUUUUUAAAAGGAGGAUUUACAAGACGUCUUUGAAUGACAAGCCUGUGCUUUUUUCUCUCCUUUGGAGCUUCAUUUGCCAUCCCUGAAUAUGUUGAAUGCCUUCUGAUGUACAGAUCUCCAGGAACACGGUAAUAACGAUAUAGACCUGAUUUCUGACGGGAGAAAUAUUUUCUCCUCUUUAUAGUCAUACUGCCACUCUCCGUGUGUUACCGGUGGCAUUUGCGCGAAUCCCGUGAUUUCAAAAUACCAGCCCCUUUUUUCCAGUGAUUCGUACAAGUAGCUUUCCGUGAAGAUGUUAGCGUGAUUUCGGUUUUUGUGAAACAACGAAAUAGUAUUUUUAUAACCACAUAGUAAUUCAUCACUGAAACAUUUAGCUGGAGGAGACUUCUCAGAAGGGAAAAUGGCUUGUGAACCCAACCGGGCACGGCUGCUCUGCAUGCUGUCCCUGACUUUCGGCUUCUUCAUCGUGGAGGUGGUGGUCAGCCGGAUAACCUCGUCCCUGGCGAUGCUCUCGGACUCCUUCCACAUGCUGUCGGAUGUCAUAGCCCUGGUCGUGGCUUUGGUGGCCGUUCGCUUUGCGGAAAAAACGCAGGCGACCAGCAAGAACACCUUCGGGUGGAUCCGGGCGGAGGUGAUGGGCGCCCUGGUGAACGCCGUGUUUCUGACCGCGCUGUGCUUCACCAUCAUACUGGAAGCCAUCGAGCGGUUCACCGAGCCGCGUGAGAUCGAGAGCCCGCUGGUGGUGAUCGGGGUCGGGGCAGCGGGGCUCCUGGUGAACCUGCUGGGGCUCUGCAUGUUCCACGGACACGCAGGGGGCGGCGGGCACGGCCACUCCCACGGAGGACACUCGCACGGGAGUAAGAAAAACAAAAGGAACAAAAUGUGCAAAUCCGACAGACCAUCCGGGAGCGGAUCGUCUGGGGAAGAGACUAAUAAUCUGGUAGGAAACUGCGGCAGCCCUAACGGAGUCAACACAGACAGGCCAGACAAGCACGACCUGCUUCCCGAGAGCGCGCUUGAGGUCCAGAUGAACGGGAGCGCUGCCUUUGAGGAGCAGGAGCACGGGGCAGAGUCCGGUUCACAGCUCAACAUGCGUGGGGUCUUCCUCCACGUGCUGGGUGACGCCCUGGGCUCCGUCAUCGUCGUCAUCAAUGCCAUCAUCUUCACGUUUGUGUGGCAGCCCUGCCAGGCUGGGGAGCCCUGCAUCAACCCCUGCACGGACAGCCACUGCACUGACCACGAGCACGUCAACCACACGCUGGUGAGCCUGCUCAGCAACGGCACCCAGAGCGUCCUCUCCGCCGGGCCCUGCUGGGUGCUGUACCUGGACCCCACGCUCUGCGUCAUCAUGGUGUGCAUCCUCCUCUACACCACCUACCCCCUGCUGAAGGAGUCGGCGCUCAUCCUCCUGCAGACCGUGCCCAAGCAGAUCGACAUGCACCGGCUCAACGAGAAGCUGCGGGACCUGGAAGGCGUGCUGGCCGUCCACGAGCUGCACAUCUGGCAGCUGGCGGGCAGCCGCAUCAUUGCCACGGCGCACAUCAAGUGCCACGACCCCACGUCUUACAUGGAUGUGGCCAAGCGCAUCAAGGACUUCUUCCACAACGAGGGCAUCCACGCCACCACCAUCCAACCUGAGUUUGUCACCGUCAACUCGGAGUCCCGCAUCUCCCUGUGCGAGCUGUCCUGCCGGACCCAGUGCGCCCCCAAGUUGUGCUGCGGCACGGGCGACAAGGCUGGGGCGGGCGCGGAGAAGAAGGCCGGGGAUAAGGCCCCCAGCCAGCCUAGCUCCCGCCUGGAGAUCAUCAGCGAGUCCCCCGAGCACUCGUCUCGAGAACAGGCCCCACCGGACUCCGGCGUCCAGGUGGUGCCUGGGUCAGAUCCAGAGGUUGUCAUCCAGAGAGAGGUGGAAUCGUCUCUGUAGGGCCCUAGCCCUAGGAGGUGACGCGUAAUUAAGGUCGGGAGAAUGUCGGGGGUGAAGGGGCGCAAGGGUUUGAUUUCAGGUAGAUGGGCGCCUGGAAAAUAAGGCGCCCCUCGUCCCUCCUUCCUACGAGCUGUGUUUGCUGCAGUGUGAUAAUCCAUGUUAGGUCACAUCUCAGAGACGCACAAUUAGAAACUCUUGCAUGCGUGUCAUUAUCACUGCUUUGUGAUAAGGUGUUGGAUGGUAUGCCUGUGCCUAAGCUUCUCGAAACCGGAUAUCGGGACACUUAUUUCCUUCACUGGAGCAGGAAGACGGCGGAAAACAUGGAAAACAAAGCACACCAGCGGAUGGUUACAGUUCAAGAAGACUUUGUGAUGAGUAGCUAAACUGAAAUCUGCCCUGCCAUACUUUUUUUUUGUGUGUACAUUUUCCUUAAAAGGUAUUAAAGGCUUUUGGAAGAGUUUGCUCAGUAUCUGUCAGACAUUCUAGCCCUGUUAUUGAAAGUUAUUUUAUACAAAUAUAUAAUAAUUUAUGUAUUUAAAUAAGUUAUUAGAUUUGGAAUCUUUCAGUAAUCGACCGUUAAUAUAUAUUCAAGAUUAUAUAGUUUUUUUUUGGUUUCCUUUUUAUCCACAAGCGGAGCAGACUUUAUAUCAGAACAUACAAUGUCUGAAGAUGUGCAACAGCAAAAUAUGUUUUGCAAGCUGCAAUGUUGAUUUUGAGCAGGCUUGCAAUAUUUGGAAACAUGCCGAUGCAUUUUAUUAAAAAAUGAAUUCCAGGAAAGUUUGUUUAAUGUUGACAUAAAAAUCUAAGUAGAAAUAAGACCAAUAAAAGGCACAAUUAGUCCUGCCUUUUAAUAUUUUAAAGCCAAGCUACAAAGCAGGUGUUCCAAUUAAUUAUGCAAUUAAAGCCAUAUACUGUUCCAUAAUGCACGUUGGGAGACUCCUAAGCCUCUUAAGACCAAUGACUGGGUAUCUAGGAUUUUAUGGGCUGAACUCCAUUAUCUGUGUGGCCAAAUUUAAAAGCAUUUGAAAUUCAUUUGCAUCUAGGUUACUAGAAGGCAUAUGUUUGUCGCAUAAAUGCAUGAUCAUUGGCCUUGUUUGAACAAUUGGCUAAAUAUUACAUGCAGUAAGAUAGAACUGCUGCGUUUGCAAAAUAAUUUUUAUUUGAUUUGUGUGUCCAAAAAUACAUUUGUAUUCCUACGUGGCAUUACCGAAACCAAAAAAGGUUUGCUGUGCAAGCCUCUUCGUUUUGGGAAAAGGCUGUAUUGUUCUUCAGAAGACGGCAAGCAGAACCGUAGUCAUAUUGUUCAUUGGAUUUUCUCCUGUUUAAGUCUAGAUUAAACUCUUAACAUGGAUUUUAUUUUUCUCUCCUUUCUUCUCUGAGAGUCCUAACAAGAUAGACAUUUAAUCAAGAGGGCAAGUUUUUCUGGUUGCCCUGCAGAAUAAUCCCUAAAGAAGAGAGUGCCUCAAGGUUUGUGUUCUGAUCUUGGAAGGCUGUAUUAGGAAAUCUACUGUAGGUGGUGUCUGAUAUAGCCACGCCCUUGCCAUCUUUUAAGAACUAUCCAUUGUGUUACAGUUGUCAGUGGGCAUCUCUGACCUGAUUUGAGCAUGUGUACUAUGCAAUAUACAAGAGCCAGCUGCUGGUGCUUCUGCUGGGGGUGGGGUGGGGCUGCUGGUCAUUGUGCGCAGUGCUUGAGAUCUAAUGCCCUGCUCUUCCCUUGACGGGUUUUAUCAGCUGGGAGCCACUCUGGGCGUCUCCUCACAGGUCUGGGCUUAGCGUGAACUCCCCUAACUCUUGACAGUCUUGCAGCCCUCAAUAAAUGACAAAGCCUCCAGUCCAAUACUUUCAGUUUUUCUAUUGAGCAACAGCCCAGAACAGGGAGGGAAACAAGAAAAGCUGUCUUUUGCAGGUCUUUCCACACACAGCUUUGGAAGGAGCCAGAGAAUAUUUCAGGUUUUAUGACUUCUCUGGCAUCCUUGCUGAUUGCUUUCGGGGUAAAUCAUUGCGGUUGGUUGCAGCCAUUAACCACUGGAAACCCAGGUUUGACAAUUUCCAUUGAAUUUAAUCCUGGAGAGAGCUGGUACUUGUGAUCGAUCCAGACCCCUACAGAGGUUUCCCCAUGCUGACCGUACGUAUGCAAGUGGCACUACAAAGCAUUCCUCAGCAGCACUGUUUGACAGUUUUGCAGUUCGCCCUCAUUAUUAACAGAGAUGGAAAAACUGGCUACGGGGGAGGGGUGGAUUUGUAUUUUCAAACAGCAGGUUUUUCAGGGGUUAGGAGCAGGAUUAAACAGCAGCACUUUAAACACCAGUCUGAAUUUCCAUUAGGGCAGCUGCCUCUGUCCUCAGUACAGUCUGUUUCAUUAGGUCUCACAAGAAUAAUUUGUUCCUCGCAGGCGCACAUUUGACUUUAAAAUGCAGGAGGACGUAAGCUUCAAUUUGCUUCGGGAGCAGUUUUGUUCAGGCUGUUUACCCUCCCCCAUCCCCCCAACCCCCUCCUGAAUACUUAACAUGUUUCCCCAAAAACUUAAAAUGUGCCUUCCAACCACCCCCAUCCAAAUCCCACAUCCAGACCUCUUUCAGUGAACAAAGCAGAUUCUCCAGAUGGUCAGCUGCCUAAUUUGCCCUCGUCCCACCUCCCUCUGCAUGGUGGAAUGAACUACAGACAAGCCCCCUGGGGCUGUAGCACGUUCAUUGAUCCUGCAGUACUGAUGCAUUCCCAUCUUCAUUUCUCAUGCCAGCUUAGAAGAGACUGACUUUGCUCUUAGAAGCAUGGCCACCUACAGCAUCCUAUGCCAAAGUGCUCAUCGCCCUUUUGGAAGGAGUAAUCCGAUCCUAAUGAUGGUCCCCACUGUGCUGGCAGAGAUGACGGAACUGUUGCUUUGUUCCAGUAAACAGGAGAGUGCCGUUUGCAGGUUGCAGAUAGUUUUUCCAAUGUUAAAAUAAAACGGGCAGUUAAAAGCACCGUUUGUUUCCUGGUCUCCUGCUCUUGCGAGUCCCUUAUUACAACGGUUUACAUGCAAGGCUGGGAAAAAAUCUUUACAGUUUGUAUGGUCUGUUAUGCAGGUAUGCUUUUUUAAGCCUUCUGUGAACUUGUUGCGCAGAGAAUGCAUGUAGUUCUACUAUCAUACAUGUGUAAAAGGGAAAAAAAAAGACUGACCAGAAAAUAGAUAACCUUCUAAGGUUAAAGAACCUGCAGGAAAAAAUGUUAGUUGAAAUUUCCUGGUUUAAGCACUUUUGACUCCUUCAUCUUUCAGAUUGUGGGUGUAUUUGCAAUUGAAAUAGUCACCUACUCAUAUUGGAUCUUCAUUGGAAAAAAUGCUUUUUUUAAAGGUUAUUGCCCUGUUAGCUUGACAGCUGUGUAGAAUGUGUAAUAGUGAACACUUUUUAAGUCCAUAUCCCUAAAUAAAAAACAGUUUAUUAGAAUGCAUUUUUAAUGAUUGAAAGCUACUCUUUUCCAAGGAACAGUACAGGUAGUAUCCAAGGCUCGCUGUUAGCAAUCCAUGGGUAAUAUAAAAUUGAAGCUUCUGCGAAGGUGUGGGCAUUGAGGUUAAGUGAUUUAUUCCAUUAAAUCUUAUAUAGAUGUAUUUUUUUUUAUUAGUGUAACAUUUUUGAAGAUCCCUUUUAGUAUUGCUGUUCCUAUUUACAGUAUAUACCUUUCUCAGAAUUCUGUACCUGUUUGUUUUAACUGUGUAAUUUUAUAUUAAAAAAACUGAGAUCAGGCCUUUCAGUUUGUCAGAACGUUGUAUUAUAAUUUUUUCACCUUCACCUCUGGAGGAGAACCUAGAGCCCAAUGUGAUUAAUUUUUUCAGGCGAUGUUUCUGCUUGUUUGUUUCUCUCAUGAUUAAAAAUAAAACUUUCCAUUAAUGAAUAUGCAUUUUAGUAUGAAUAUAGUGAAUAGAGGUUUUUUUUUCUAAUCCUGCACUAGUCCCAAAUCAAUGUGCAUAGUAUAACAGUUUUUAAGAAACCUUGAUUUUAUAUAUAUAUAUAAGAUUUUAACAAGGGUAGGAAGGGAAAUUUGGAAGUUCCAGUAUGAAACAUAGUACAUAAAGGGAGAGUAUGUUGCUUGAAGCUGUCAAGAAGAGAGUUCCAGGCUUAAAUGUAAGUGCAGCCAAUGAAGCAUGAAAUAACAGCCUGUUUCAUAUUAAAUUAAAACAGGACACGGUCCUGUACCUAAAGUGCAUAAUACAAAUUUGCUAUAAACCAAGUAAAGCAUACAAAACUGAAAAUAAGAAAAUUGGUAGGCAGAUAUCAGUCAAUUCACUUAUUCCCAUGAUUCCUUCAGCUUCAGCAUUCUUAGAAUUGGAAAGCUCACUUGAAUCUUCCAUUAAUAUGAGACAUGCAGGGAAAUGGAUCCAUUUGUUUGCACUGGUCUCGCACCUCUUGCUCUUUUCCACAUGUGCAGGGUUUUUGACUGGAGGGGGUUGGUUUUUCACUUGUCUGAAACACUUGGAAGCAAUCCUAGUGUGUGGCAUCAAAUCAACAUAAUUGUUUCAUCAAUUUAUAUGUAAUUCUACUGUUGUGCAUUUUUCCUAAGUGAAAUAAUCUGUCAUUGGAUGUAUGUGUGCUCAAAUCUAUCUUAUUUUGGGUUGGAAAAUUAUGAGAAGUGCCAGAGUCUACAGUAUACAUUGGGUUUACAAGCUUAUACAUAUAAACCACAGAGCUUUUUCAUAAUAAAUUAAAAUGGUUUAUCUGAUGUCAGAAAAGAUCAUAAAUAUGGCAAUUUAGAUUUCUUGCCAGCAGUACCAAUCUGAGUCUUUCCCAACUUUCUGAAGUGUGUCAGAAGACCAUGUAUUGAACUACAGCAUUAUAUACUGUAUAUCUGUAAUUAAAGUCCCUUCUGCAGCGAACAUUUUAUUCCUUGUGUUAAUCAAGGGAUGUGUUUUUAUAGUUCGAAAUCCUCAGUCUGUGACAAUGACCUGUUUUAACAACUAAAGAAAAAUAACAGACCAGGCUUUUUGGCCCUGCUAGAGUCCUGUAUUCCAGUAGGUUUGGGCUCCAUCUUGCUACUUUUUUAAACUCCAUGAACUGUAUGCCUUUGAAACACAAUGGCUUCUUGGAAGCGGUGUAUUGUUUUGUAUCAUUACAUACUGUAAAUAUAAGCAGUAGCUGAUUUUUAUUGGCUGUCAUUAGGAGCAGAACUCUCUGAGUGGUUAAUGUUAGACUGGUAUUGCACUGAGCUUCGCAAAUCCCUUCGCUUUCUAAGGAGGCCUGAAAGUCUGCACUCUUGACCGUAUGUAUUUGUCUGUGUAACCGAAUUUGAAUUUUAUUUGGCUUGGUUUUCAUUUAAGGUGCCCUGUUGAUCCACAAUUGUCCAGCUUUUAAUAGUGAGGUCAGUUUAAAUAUGUAUUUCACCUUUGUCUUUGUCUUGAGCAUAUAGUGUGUGUGUGUGCGUGCAUAUAUUUCAAUAAAUUGUAGAGAAUUAAAAUUGUUUAGCAGGUUCUGAUCUAAAGGCAAGUUAUUGAUUAACUGUCAAUUGGGAGCUCUGGUAAUAUACUGGUAAUAGUGAGUGCAGGUUAGAUACAAAGGAUUACAAUUAACUAUUCUCAGUUGUACACUGCAUUAGGGCUGGAGCCCUCUGUAGUUCUUGAGCUAUUUUUGUCAGCCACAGCUCACCAGUGAUUUUUUUUAGAAGCUCUUCCCAGCUUGAGGGCAAACUGUAUUUUAUGUGCUUAUGUACUGUGUGACUGCGAUUUAAAAGCAGAGCCUAUACAAAUCUCACCAUCUGUAUACGACAGAAGACAUAAUAUUGCUUUACUGAUAGUAGCAAAACUGCUGAAUGCUUUAUGAAAGUUUAAGACAAAGUCCUAACAUUAUCCUGUAAUAGCCAUAUCUUUUUUUUUUUAAUCUACCUGGACCAAAUCUUAAGAAUUGUAUUGUCUAAAUGAAAUGUCAAAUGCAAGUGUACAAAUAUUCUUUCUUUAAAUGUUAAGGUCCAUAAAGGUUAAGACCGGUUUCAUGCA